CCCUCUCAGUGCUCUGCACCACUCUGCACCCUAGCGCACCGAGGCCGCUUGCAGCACAUUCCUUCAAGCCCUCAAGCCCUUGCCCUUGUCAACAAUGACCACAGAAUGCCCUCUCAAAGAGGCGACAUCUUAUGCGGCCAGCUGCAAUCCCCCCCGUCGCGCGAAACGCCCUCGAACGGGAUCUCUCACUGAUCCUACCAAACUCGUGUCGACGACGUCAGCCGCAGUUGGCGACCGAGAUCCGUCGGCGGCCGCCUCGGCAGGGAAUGACAGCGAAGAACCCGGGACUCCUGUUGCACCGCCGCCCAAGCGCCGCGGCCGAAAGCCUUCCACUCUUUCGCGUGCCACACGCGAAUCAAUACGCAGACAAAACCAUUCGAGGAUAGAGAAGGCGAGACGUACGAAGAUCAAUGACACGCUUGCGGCUCUGCGGGCGCUUGUCCCAGCUUGUGGGAAAGUCGGAGAUGGGGCUGACGAGGAGAAAGACGAGGACACUGAUGAAGAUGAGUACGCCGAGGGAAAGAAAGGUGCUGGGAAGAAAAGGCAGGAGAAGGAGUUCAAGCUAGAGGUGCUGGAGAAGGUGGUAGCCUAUGUCAAGGAGUUAAAGGAGAAGAUCCGACUGCUCGAGCAGCAUCCUUGCGCUUGCGGUGCUGAGAGGAAAGGGCCUCGUCCCAAGACGCAGCUGCCAAUCACACGGAAGAGGCAGCGUUCCGAACAAGACGAGGAAUACCCGGAGCCUAUCACGACUGACAUCCGACUCUUAGAUCCAUUAUCUAUAGGUGUCGCGGAAGGCGAUACCAGAUCGCCGCAUAUUAAGAGACCUAGGAUGUCGCACACGCAGUCUGCCCGUACAUCUCAGGUCUCCGGCACUCGCCUUCCCUCUAUCUCCGCUUGGCUCCCGAACCCGCAUAUGGAUGCGAGCCUCAUUUUACCGGACAUGCAACGUUCUUCUCAACAGCAGCUGAACACUCCGCCCACAUCCACAGAGUUUCAUGCCGUCGCGAGCCCCUCGAUCCCUCCUGCACUCUUACUGGACCUUCCACCUCCCAGCGCGCUCAGUCGGUCGUUUGCAACUUCCACAAGUUCACGGGUCACUAUCGGUGUACCCACCUCACAGUCAGGUCCAUUCACGAGGACAAACCUUCUCAACUCUCCGCCGUGGACGCCAGAGGAUGAGUCGGCUGCGUCGAUGCUGCUCCAAAUAAAGGCUCUCGGCUCGCCGUUAGCUUUCAAAGGUCGUUCUUCUACUGUGGAGGGGGUUGAAGGGGGGAUACGUCGAGUGCAGACGCCUUCAUCGUUAUUAGGAAUUGACACGAAGCGCUGAGUCAAUUGCACGGGGCAAUCAUUGCCUAGGAGCUCCAAUAUUUGGAUUGUAUGACCUAGACGCUGGAAUGGCUAUUGAGUGUAGGUUUCAUAGUAGAUGUACGAUACAUGUGUCGUGCGGGGAGCUGACAAAUUAGCUAGGAUGACCGUUUCUUUCGGUGGCCAUCGUAUGCACUGCAUCUGAGUUGUUGGAGAAUGAUCGUGAGCUAGAAUGGAUUCGAUCAAGAUUG